GAGCCCUUCCAUCCACCAACAUCCAUUGCUCCUUGUGGCAGAAUUGCAGUGCACUGGACUGUACAGAGCAGGGGAGCAUCCAGGCUGUUGUCUGUGAGGGGUGGGGUCCGGCUACACUGAUACCACCAAACACAAGCUCACAGAGGGACACAGAGAGGCAGAAAAAGAGAGAGAGAAGAGGGGGGAAGAUUGCACCUGAAGAGGAAUAAAACGGGAUGAAAGGAGACACCCCAGUGAACAGCACAAUGAGUGUCGGCCAAGCCAGGAAAUUGGUGGAGCAACUGAAGAUAGAGGCUAGUUUCUGCAGGAUAAAGGUAUCAAAGGCAGCAGCUGACCUGAUGGCGUACUGUGACGCACACGCCUGUGACGAUCCCCUGAUCACCCCUGUGCCCACCUCAGAGAACCCCUUCAGGGAGAAGAAGUUCUUCUGCGCUCUGCUUUGAGACUCAUCAGGGAUUGUUGCGGUUUAAAAGUACUGCUGUACAGUAUGUACAUGAAUGUACAGUGUGUACACGUACUUCCAUUUGAAAUAAGACAUCAAUGUACUAUAGUAACCUUGCAUAAAAGCUGCCGAUGUACAGUCCAUGAACACGUACAAAAAUGGGUUGAACUGAAUUAUUUAUCUGAUAACAUUAAAGGGGAAGGUCUAUAUGAGAACUUGACAUUUAUUCAAUAAAAAAAGUAAUAUCUAGACCCAAAACUACUAUAGAAUUUAAAAAAAAAAGAAAGUCACCUGGUUGAAAACAUGUACAUCUCUCAUGCUCAUACACAUCACAGGUAACUGCCAAAAACAACAGAGCAUCAAAUGUCUUUUCGCUCCACCAAUCAUAUGUUCUCACGCUUGGAUUCUGCAGCAUUUGAAACUUUUUGCCUUGACGUUCAAUUUCCCACAUUAGGUCUAUGAUGGGUGACGGUGGUGCUACACGUCUCAGAUGCUGCUCUGAUAAAUUCUCGUCCAUAAAAUCCGUCCGUACGCCUCAGAACAAGACCGUUUUAUUUUGGUGAAUAAAAGCACACAGAGGUAAAAACACACCUUUUUCAUCAGGAUGGAUAUGAUUAAGUAGAAGUCUAAACACCGAAUGCCCCCCCAUCAGCAUUUAGAUUAUCUUCCAUAGUUGCAACCCAUGUGUAAAAAGAUUGUUUGGUAGUUACUUGUAUCCAAGACUAUUUAUGAGUGGAUUAUAAAUACAUAAACAAUUCAUUUCAAGGUCUAAGAUAUUAACACGUUUGCUCAUUUCUAUACUGUUGCUACAGUGUGAAUGUGAACGUGUAUGUGUACGCAUAGGUGCUACUGUGAAAAUGAAGCAACAAUUCUGUGCAUCAGAUCAGUCAUUAAGUUUUUAUAGUUUAACAUCAAACCGACCCAAAUUAUAAAAAAAAAAAGCCAACAAUUGAAGCCAUUAAAGCAAAAUCAGUUACCGCGUUUGUCACAUCACAAAUGUCAACAAUUUUCUAAAGAAUGACAGUGCCAGGUGUACAUCAUGCAAACUGAUCAUGACUGAGCAGAAGGGGCUUCACUGGUUUAUACAAAAAUCAAAGAACUGAUUGAUGGUCUCUCCUUCUCCCUGUGAAAUGAGGGCAGAUGAGACCAAGUUGGCAGUUUGCAUUUCAGCUAAAAGGAUUUACUUUCUCCAUCCACAGCACAGGCCAUUGUUUAGUUCUGUGGAAUCCUGUGUUCACACAAUAAAAUACUUAGCAUCUUUGACAACCUGCUCUGAACAAUUAUCAGCAUUAACCACUGUGUAUUUUUAAAGUAAUUAAAAUUUCAAGCUCUGAUAAAAAAAAGGUGAACCAUGUAAAACCAAGCAUUCAAAUAAAACCUGUCAGAAUUUC